CAAGAGUUCUAAAUGAGACAACCCUCAAAUUCACUCAACCAGGAUAUGAUGGCUACAGCAAAGUCAACCUAAGUAUCUUCUUCGUUUACACCUAUGGUCUUAACUUUGCCAUAUUGGCUGCUGCAUUAACUCAUGUGGCACUUUUCCAUGGAAGAGAAAUUUGGCAUCAAACAAAAGCAGCAUAUCAAGACAAGUACGCUAAUGUCCACACUAGAAUAAUGAAGAAGAAUUACGAAGCUGUCCCUCAAUGGUGGUUUUACUCCCUCUUGAUCAUAGUAGUUGCACUAACCUUGCUUACUUGUGAAGGCUUUGGUAAACAGUUGCAACUUCCUUACUGGGGUGUCCUACUGGCAGUUGGCUUGGCUCUCAUGUUCACCCUUCCAGUCGGUGUUCUUGCAGCAACUACAAACCAGCAACCAGAACUCAACGUUAUCACCGAGCUAAUAAUCGGUUACAUGUAUCCGGGGAGACUCCUUGCAAAUGUUACUUUCAAGAACUAUGGCUACACUAGCAUGUCACAAGCAAUCUCGUUCCUCUCAGACUUCAAGCUGGGACAUUAUAUCUUAUUUUCUCAACUUCUGCCUUUAGUCAGUCUGCAGGAACAAAAGUCAUCAAACAAUAAACAAAUCAACUUUCAAAUUUUCAUUCUUCUGAUUGACUGGCAAUCUUACAAUGCAAAUGCUGCCCAACCACCACCUAGUACACAAAGAACCACACCGGAGUACCAGCAGGGUCUUGGCUCAGUGGCUGUUGAGCCUGCUUGCUUUCCUUCAGACCUCAGUUCGAGUCCCAGUGGGAGUGGGGUUGACAAGUUAUUCCUUUCAUAUUUCUACUGGGUACUCUCUGUAUG